CUCUCUCCCCCCUUUCUCUCUCUCUCUCUAAUAAACCUCACACUCGAACUUUGACGGAUGGCUAUUUACCUUCAAUCUCGAAAUUAGGGCAGAAAUUUCGCAGUCAAUCAAUCGGAGCUGAUUACUCCGCGCCGGAGAAGAUGUGAGAGCUUCCCGAUUGCGCGACUGAUUUGAUCGAAUUUGCCGGGUGCGUUCGACCUGUUGCCGGAGCCUCGCUUUUUUCUUUUCAUUGAAAAUUAGGGCAUGAAGGGACAUUUGGAUCGGACGAAGGUGGUGUUGCGGCACUUGCCGCCGUCUAUUACCCAGGAGAUGCUCAUGGACCAAAUCGACACCGUGUUCGGGGGCCGCUACAACUGGGUCUCUUUCCGACCGGGCAAGACGAGCCUGAAGCAUCUAACUCAUUCCAGAGCAUACAUCAACUUUAUUAAGCCAGAGGAUGUUAUUGAAUUUGCUGAGUUCUUUGAUGGCCACGUAUUUGUGAAUGAGAAGGGUGCUCAAUAUAAGACGAUCGUGGAGUAUGCUCCCUCACAGCGUGUUCCAAAGCAGAGGUCCAAAAAGGAUGGGCGUGAAGGGACCAUAUUGAAAGAUCCUGAGUAUAUGGAAUUCCUUGAAUUUCUUGCGAAGCCUGUUGAGAAUCUUCCUAGUGCGGAGGUACAGCUAGAGAGAAGAGAAGCUGAAAGAUCUGCUGCUCCAAAAGAUGCUCCUGUAGUUACACCUCUAAUGGACUUUGUUCGUCAGAAAAGAGCAUCAAAGGGUACCACCAGGAGGUCAAGUUCUAAUGGAAAGCUAAGCAGGAGAGCUGGAAAAUUAUCAGAUGGAAGCCCUGGUUUAUCCAAACGAAAUUCUGAAAAGAGGAGGACUUCUGCGACUAUGUAUGUUUUGAGGGAUAAUGCAAGAAACAGUGGCAGCAGAGACAAAUCAGCCUAUGUUCUGGUUCCCAAGCGAGAUGAACAUCUGCAUUCUGAUAAGUCUAAUACAACAGGGUCUGCUUCUGGAGCUGAUGUGGUGGAAGAAAAUAGUGGAGUAACUGAAUUUACUGAUUCUGGGAAAAAGAAGAUUCUGCUAUUGAAGGGGAAAGAAAGGGAAAUUCCUCAUAUUUCUGGUAAUAUUUCCCAGAUGAAAAAUGUGAUGGGUUCAUCAAUGUCUAGGCAGAACCAUCGGCAGGAAGGUAGUGGGAGGAUUAUAAAAAGCAUCCUUGUAAACAAGGAAGCACGCCAGGGUCUGUCUGCAUUCCAGUCUGACAACCAAACUCAGACUUCAUAUCUUGAUAGGGAAAAAAGACCUCCUCGGGCACCAAAUGUGCAAGUUGUUUCAAGAGAUGCAAACGGAUUUCCAGAGGAGAAGAGUUCAGUGACCGACUCCCAUGGUUUUGGAAGUGAGAAGCAAGAAAGACGCACAAGAAAUAAGGACAGACCCGACCGCGGUGUAUGGGCUCCCCUUCGCCGUUCAGAUGGAUCACAUGCAAGUGAUGAGUCUAUAUCAUCUGCAUCUUCCUCUGUGAAGUCGUUGGUGGACUCUUCAGAGGGCAAUGCAGAAGUCAGAAUUCUUUCAAAUAGACGGAGCAAUCAGUCUUCUCUGGAAAAUGGGUUUCAUAAGCCUGUUGGUCGUCGAGGCCAGUCACAAGGUGGGAAAGAUCUUGAUGGUUCGCCCAUUUCCACUGAGGGGAAACCUUCAAAGAGGGGAGGUGCUCUUGGAUAUGGUUCCCAUGAGAAGCAAGUGUGGGUUCAAAAAUCCAGCUCUGGGUCGUAGUCACUUCAUGAUAGUGAAGCAAAAUUCCUGGUUCCGUGGUAAUUUUGAUCAGUGGAUCUGCUAGUGGCUAGAGAGGCUAGAGGCAGCAUCUCCUCUACUGACUGCUAGGCAGAGGCUCAGGAUAAAAGUUUUGCCAACAAAAAAAAUUGGAUUUCUCUGCGGGCGACAAAAAUCCCGGAGGAAAGCCUAUCUUAAAGUUGGUUUCUCUGAUGUGGAUAUUGGUGUAACUAAUGCUUGCUAGGUCGAGAUUGCGUGUGGAUAGGGGCAGAAGAGAAGAACUAAAAAGUACCCCCCAUCAGUUAGACGGUAUAGUAUAACACCCGGUGAUCCCUUCGAGUCCCUCUCUUUCCAUCUUACUCAAGGAAGAAGUAAUGCACUCGUUGGAGUAGCUACAGAUAAUCACCGCUUUUGCCGCAGACUUGGAAGGGAACUUGGAGAACUUGAGUUUUUUAUAGAUCCCUAUCUCUUUUUUUGUUUUAGUAGUUGAACUGUAAAUAUAAGGGCCAGGCACACGGUUCCUUCCGUGCUGCUAUGUUCUAUAUCAUAGCACUCGGUAAUAUUUUGUACCGCAGCGAGGGCAAGCGCUUGCUCAAAGCCCAUCUAUUUUCAAGGGUUCGGUUCUUGUGAGUAGGACGAGCCUAGGAGUUGAUCACUGCACGGAAGCUCGUCGAUGAUAGGAAUUCGAUUGGAAUACAUCGGCAGGAGAAGUUGAGGUGUUGGGAUUCUUUUGCUUGGUGGUGCUGUUUGGGUUGAUGGGGGGCAGGUGUUUGCUGUUACAUGGGGUAUGAAAUUGAGUCCUUUGUAUUUAGAAUAUGACCCUCGAGCUUAUAUGAAAUUGCAGAAUGGACCAGUAUGGCUUGGUUGUUAAUGGUGAUGGAGAUUAAUAUUUGUGCUGCC